AUGAAUGAAAAGGCCAAAAGGGCAAAUUUGUUGGAUGGAUAGAUAUAAGUCAGAAGAUGAUUAAUUAUGCGGUCUGAAGCUAAUGGCGACUCAGCUGCUUUGUAUGUGUUGCGGUGCUCAGCCUCAGCCUCAGCCUCAGGCAGCACCGUUUAUGAGGUUCCCAUUUUGGAAUUCAGUUCAUCCAAAGAAUCCAACAAGUGUAGUAAGGGUGCAAGCAGAAGCAGCAGAUAUGAAUAUGAAUUCAAUCCCACACGUGCUGAGUGUUGCUGGGUCUGAUUCUGGGGGUGGUGCUGGAAUCCAAGCUGAUCUUAAGACUUGUGCGGCUCGCCGUGUCUACUGUUCCACUGUCAUUACUGCUGUUACUGCUCAGAACACUGCUGGGGUUCAAGGACUCAACAUUCUACCUGAGGAUUUUGUGGCAGACCAGUUGCACUCUGUGCUCUCUGAUAUGCAUGUUCAUGUCGUCAAAACAGGCAUGCUGCCCUCUCUUAAUAUAGUCAAGGUCCUUUGUCAGACCCUUAGGAAAUUUCCCAUCAAAGCUCUUGUGGUUGAUCCUGUCAUGAUAUCUACCAGUGGGGAUGUACUUGUUGGUCCUUCCGUUCUUGCUGGAUUUCUGGAGGAGCUGCUUCCCAUGACUGACAUUGUAACCCCAAAUAUAAAAGAGGCAUCAGUUUUACUUGGUGGUGUGCCGCUGAAAUCAGUUUCUGACAUGCGCACUGCUGCCAAAUUGAUACAUGAUUUGGGUCCUAGGAAUGUACUUGUCAAGGGUGGUGACCUCCCUAAUUCGUUAGAUGCUAUUGAUGUAUUCUUUGAUGGUGAGGAGUUCUACGAGCUGUGUUCACCGCGUGUAAAUACUCGCAAUAGUCAUGGUACUGGUUGUACCUUGGCAUCAUGCAUAGCAGCAGAGCUGGCAAAGGGUUCAUCAAUGCUUUCUGCAGUUAAGACAGCUAAACAUUUUAUUGAGGCUGCCUUGGAUUAUAGUAGAGAUAUGACAAUUGGAAAUGGAGCUCAAGGCCCUUUUGACCAUUUUUUGGCACUUAAUAUCAACCAGAGUUCUUGUAGGCUGAAUAGGUUCAAUCCAAAUGACUUGCUGUUAUAUGCUGUAACGGAUUCGGCUAUGAAUAGGAAGUGGGGCCGUUCUAUUGCUGAAGCUGUUAAGGCUGCUGUAGAAGGAGGUGCUACCAUUGUUCAAUUAAGGGAGAAGGAUGCUGAGACACGAGAUUUUCUUGAAGCUGCCAAAGUGUGCCUCGAAAUAUGCCAUUCCUAUGGAGUACCUUUACUUAUAAAUGAUCGUAUAGAUGUGGCCCUUGCUUGUGAUGCUGAUGGUGUUCAUGUUGGUCAGUCUGACAUGCCUGCACGUCUUGCUAGAACUCUCCUUGGUCCUGAAAAGAUAAUUGGUGUAUCGUGCAAGACGCCUGAGCAAGCCCACCAAGCAUGGAUUGAUGGUGCUGAUUACAUUGGUUGUGGUGGUGUUUAUCCAACUAAUACAAAGGCAAAUAAUCGUACUAUAGGCUUAGAAGGCUUGAAGGAAGUAUGCCUGGCCUCUACACUUCCUGUGGUUGCAAUUGGUGGCAUUGGUCUGUCAAAUGCACGUGAAGUCAUGAAACUUGGUGCACCAAAUCUCAAUGGGGUUGCUGUUGUUUCUGCUCUAUUUGACAGGGAAUGCAUUUUGACUGAGACAAGAAACUUGCACGCAUUAGUAAGUUAGGCAGCAUUGUUGAUACAAUGAAUAUAUUAGAAUGUGGGAGCAAUUUUGCUUGGUUCUUUCUAGUCAAGGAAGUGAUUACUAAAGUUGUAGUUGCUUUUGCCUCUAGGAUGGAAAUAUACAACUGCAUAUUCUUUUCGGCACCGUGCUAAACUUACACAACAUACCAAUUAAGUAGUUUAUGCAUUGCUCGAUACUGGGGCAGAACAAAACAUUUGGAGGCUCAUUCAUUUGCCUAUGUUGGAUGUUCGUACCUGUUGAUUUACAAAUAAUGGUUUGAUUGUUCGCGAAAAUUAUUCUGCUUCGCA